AUGUUGGGAAAAUCAAAGGUAAGAAUCUGAUCUUACUGUUCAAUGUCUCAUGGUUUACAGAAAGACGCACAUGAUAGAUAUAUACGUGUAGUGUAACACGUAUCUGCGCGAGGGGAUAGUAUGUAUACCGUAGGGGUGAAAUUUAAAGGGAGGGGCUGCACGAAAAUGGCUGUUAUACACAGGGUAGGACGACUAGAAGAGGGCAAGUGACGGUUCAUCCCUGUCUUCCACAUUGACCAAUUGACAUUAUUUUACGACAAUUGAUACGGUUACCUAAUCGAUAGCUAUUAUGUGGCGGCUAAGAAGCAAUCUUCGUGCUCCUCGUCACCCAUCCCCAGAUCUGCGUAUCUGACAUAUGAUUCGCUUCGGGAAAAGGUAAACUAUCUCCCUUAUUUGCCUUCCCUUUCUGCACGUUCAGAACUUCCAGAAUUCGCUCGCUUACAACCUUGUGCUCGUCGUCACGUCGCGCCUGUGAAAAGAAUCCCACUAUUUUUCCUCCCCCCCCGAGUAAAGUGUGAAACGUGAAAAAGGGAUAGGCGCAAGUGACAGAAAAACAUUUUAGAGAUAAAGUAUGAAAUAAAAGAGGGAAAGAAAAAAGGGGGAAAAACGGCUUCUGCGAAAGUAGAGCUACAUUUCGUAGUCAGAUUGAUUGUAGUAUCAUUCGCGCAAGAAACACGGGAUUAUAUUUAUCUAAAAUUGUCAACAAUGUGAGGCUAAUUUGUAACAGUACUCCGCGAACCGUAAUUGUUACGCGAGAUACAUUUUAUCAACGAUCGAAUUGUUACGCUAAUGUCAAUUGGAACCGAUUGCAGAUUGGAACCUUACGCGGAUGAUGUAAGUCGUAAGAGCUAAGAGCAAACGAGUAACGAAGUGAAGAGAAAAACAGAGAAAAGCGAAGAAGAUGUUCGGCUUCCCUUGGAGAAUUCUACUCCUCUUUCUGCUGGGUGGCUGUUUCUGUUUCUGCUCCAUGGAUCUCGCCAGAUCCGCGAGAGCCAUUAAGGGACGAUUUCGAACAUCUUACGCUGCAUGGCGUGUCUUGCUGUGUCUGACACAACCGCAAGGCUCGCUGAAGACAGACGUGCAGAAGGCAUGGGAGAAGGCGAGGCUGGAGUCGUCUCACGCGGACAUGAACGUAUCUUUCAUAGAGGCACCACCAAAGACAGACUCACUGUCCCAUCCUCUGUCAUUGUUAAACAAAUUCUGCAACGAGAUCAAAGGUGGGAAGACCGUGUUGAGCCUCAUCAUUGGAGGAGGAUCUGCAGCGAAAUUUCUCGUGACAGCUGCAGCUUCGUUGAAUAUUCCAGUCCUGUGGCUACCAUUCACUCACGAGGAUUUCCUCAGACAGGGGAAUAUCGGUCAAUACGAAAGUCGUGUAGGUUCUAGUACGAAGGAAGUGGGAGCGGCUGCCGCUGCCUUGAUGCACAGAGCGAACUGGCACGCGUUCACCCUCCUCAUAGACACCACUUUGCUACCAAUGACUCAUCUUUUACACGCGAAUCAAACAACAUUAACGCCUAGAACGAUCAUACACCUUCCAACGAACGACAAGACCUUGAGGAUGAGAUUGAGGAGAGUUGCCGAGGAGGGUGGCAGCGGAGGAAUCAUAGUGAUGGCUUGCGACUUGAACACCGCACGAAAAAUCUUAGCCGUGGCUGGCAAGUACGAGAUGCUCGCGGGCAGAUUUCUCUGGCUCUGGUUGGACCUGAAAGCGGAACUGAGACCCACCGAGCCAAAUGUAAUCAGCUCUCACAUUAUACACAGCUCAAGAUCGUCGAUAGCAACGAAUGAAAAUCCUUCACCGGUGCAGAGUAUAAGCCGAGGCGCGAAUCUCGUAGCUGAGAGCCAAUUGUCGUUGAAUUCUUUGCCCAGUUUGGCCAACGAGAUACAUCGACUGCAAGAGUACAGGUGGCAAAGCGAGAGGUCUGUGAACAAACAGGAAGACAGAAGCUUUAAUUUCGACGACGACGACGACGACAUUAGGAUAACGGACAAAGAUUUGAACUCGAAGGAUUUCAUGCCAGUUGGUAUGCUAGUGUUGAGACCUUCUGGCAUAAAGUUAAUGGGCAACGACCCUAUAUUGUCCAGAAUGAUCAGGGAGACCUCUCAGGCGUUGGACGAGACGUUUCUAGAAGUGAAGCCGAGACUGAAUCGUUUGGGAGAGGCUCAGCUCGACGAGAACUUCAUACCGGAGUGUUUCCCAAAGAGCAACGCCAAAUUCCUGGCGAGCAAAAUGAGGCACAAUGUUUCCAAGACUCUGACUCAGAAAUUACGGUCAUCGGUGAGUCAACUUUCCAAAGAGAAAGCCAAGUUUCAUUUGCUGAACUUGCAGGCGAUCAGAUUCCCUGGCAACAAGACUCAAUUGAGGCACGUAUGGACCAAAGUCGGCACAGUGAAAGCUGGGAGAGAGGUUCAUCUGGACACGAUAAUUUGGCCAGGCGGUGGGAUCGUGCCAGCGUACUUGGAACAAGGUGGCGAGAAGAUCGGCAUGCCGAUGUAUCGCAUAGUGACAGCACUGGCACCGCCGUUCACCAUGGUUACGAAUCUGCAGGAAGGUCUUUGCUUGAGAGGGCUGUACUGUCGUCAAGGAGACACCCUAAUGUGUUGCUACGGUCUAAGCAUGGAUCUAAUGUCGCUGAUAUCGCGCGAAUUAGGAUUCCGUUACGAUCUGUAUCUAGUGAACGACGGCCUGUUCGGCAAAAGGAACGGUAGCACGUGGAACGGGAUCAUGGGAGAGCUGGUCAACGGUCGAGCUCAAUUAACCUUCGCACCGCUCAGCGUGUCCGCUCGCCGAGCGGAGGUAGUCGACUUCACGACACCGUACUACUUCAGCGGUGUGAGCUUCCUCACCGCGCCAAAGCUCAAGUCCGAGAUCUCGCUGUUCGCUUUCCUCUUCCCAUUCAGCAUGGAACUGUGGAUCGCCGUUUUCACGUCACUGAACUUCACUGCCAUAGCAGUGGCACUGUACGAAUGGUUCAGCCCGUUCGGCCUGAACCCAUGGGGUAGACAACGAAGCAAAAACUUUUCGAUAGCCUCUGCUUUGUGGGUGAUGUGGGGCCUUCUCUGCGGCCAUUUAGUCGCAUUCAAGGCACCGAAGUCUUGGCCUAACAAGUUUUUAAUCAACAUUUGGGGCGGUUUCUCCGUUAUAUUUGUGGCCUCGUACACGGCCAAUAUAGCUGCCCUCAUCGCGGGCCUCUUCUUCCACCCUGCAGUGAGCAAUUACCACGACAAAAGCUUGUUGUUGCAAAAAGUUGGCGCACCAAGAGCGUCCGCCGCCGAGUACUACGUACAGAAAGCAAACGCGCAGCUGUGGUCUCACAUGGCCAGAUAUUCCUUGUCGAACAUCGCCGAGGGCGUGGAGAGAUUGCGAAAUGGUAGUUUAGAUAUACUCAUAGCUGAUACUCCUAUUUUAGAUUACUAUCGGGCGAUAGACGACGGUUGUCGGCUACAAAAAAUCGGGGACACCAUAAACGAGGACACGUAUGCCGUUGCCCUCAGCAAGGGCCAUCCUUUGAAAGAAAGUAUAUCUAGAGUUAUAGCCAAUUACACGAGCACUGGACUACUGGACAUCCUGCAAGAGAAAUGGUAUGGUGGUUUACCCUGCAUUCGAGGAAGGGAAGGAAUGGAUGCCGGCUUUGAGCACGAACAGGGAAGCCAACCCAGACCACUGGGUGUAGCCUCUGUCGCCGGUGUAUUCUGUCUCCUGGGGAUGGGCGUUGUCCUUGGUACAAUUAUUUUAGCUGGAGAACACUUGUUUUACAAAUACACGUUGCCCAGACUGAGGCACCGACCGGAGGACUCUAUAUGGCGCAGCCGUAACGUGAUGUUCUUCUCGCAGAAACUUUACAGAUUCAUCAACUGCGUGGAACUGGUGUCGCCACACCACGCUGCCAGAGAACUGGUCCACACAGUACGGCAGGGGCAGAUUGCCUCCCUGUUUCAGAAAAGCGUCAAACGAGCCGGUACGUUGCUCACAUAUAUCUACAAGGUGACCAUGUUCCAGAAGGAACACGAACAGCGUCGAAGGCGCAAAAGCAAGGCACAAUUCUUCGAGAUGAUACAGGAGAUUCGAAGAGUCCAACAGGAGGAGAAGAUAGAGACUGUGUCGGAGGAGCAAGAGAAGGUGAAAGAGAAAGAGGAGAAAGCUGUGAAAGGAAGAGAACGAAGCAAGAGCAAGAGCCCGUUGAUGCCUCGCAGUCCAAAGAGAUCAGAGAAGAGCAGAAGUUCCAUCAACUUGUCAAGUUCCAGGCUGGGAUUGUCUCCUAUCAGCCUGGAGGCUCCCAUGAAGCCUAGAGAAUUCACUCUGAGCAGCACCAACCUCAGGGCAAGGAGUCCCCUGGAAACGGUAGGUCGUCGCCUGAGCCACGGUGACGGUGGAUCACCACCACCGCGUCUUGGUUCGAAUUUCGGUGGCAGCGCGACGCUGAGACCCCUGGCACCGACCAAGAGCGACUCUACCGGAAGUACGACGCCAACGGUCAGGGGCGAAUCCACCGGGGGAAGUGUGCACACACCCAGAUACGCGAGGAGCCCGGCAAAACGAGGACAAUCAUUCCCAGUGUUUGCUACAUUGAGGCCACCGCACUCGUCCAGCCACCAAAUGUCCAAGAGCCCGUUGCUGUCUCCUAAUAACGAACUAACAUCCGCCAUCGGACGGAAGCUAUCCCGUGAAUGGGGAUCCGGGACUCUGGAUAUCAGCCGAUCCUCCGAGACGGUCGCUGGCGGAUGUUCCUACACACUGAACCCGGAGGCGACGUUAUCCUUGGGCCGGCCGUCCCACGAGAAGAUCCAGGACGACGCUCUACCCAUCAAGAAACCUAUAAGAAGAGCCAGAAGCCACGAGAACAGGGACACGGGCAAACUGAUGGCCGAUCUACCAUCGCCGAGACUCACCGCCCAACCGGUAGUAGGAGGCCGAUCGGUAAGCGAACGAACUAAAAAGCAGUUAGAGUCCGAAUUGAAAGCGAUUUUAAGUGCCAGAGCUCAUCAUCGCGAUCUUCAUCCCCCUUGAUAGAUGACUGUCUACUUCACCUAACCUUUCAUAAAGAGACAGAGAGAUAGAGUUCUUGCAAAUGCGAGCCAUAAAAAAAGCUUCGGGG